AUGUUCACCCGUGCGAUUUUCGUCAUUGCGCUCAUUGCGCUCUCUGAAGCGAACCCAGACACACUGGACCCUCGCGACGACGGUAACAUCUUUGGACUAGAAAUCUGGAAUAAAACUGAUAUAGACGUCAACGAAGAGAACAUCGCUCGAUACACGAAUCCGAACUUUUUGUUCCAUCAUUGCUGUGAAGAACGUCGUCUGCCACCAGCUUGCGUUCAGAAAUGUCAUUUCAACACCUACGAGAAAGAAGCGCUCGAAUCCAUGUUUGUCGGGACAGAUGCAUGUCCGAUCGAAUUCUUGCCGGAAAUGCAGUUCUGUGCCGCACAAGGAAUGGAUCAUCGUCAGUGUUGCAAAGCCAGCGGAGUCGCAACUACUGCAGCAGGUAGCAAAUGUUUGACAUUCUGCGAUCAAAGGCCUGAUCUCUUUACCCCUGUCAAUUACAGUUUCGCUCCUUGCUAUGAGAGAUUCGAAAGUAUGAAGCGUUGCUUCUUUACUGAAAUCAAAGGAGCCGCAGAGAAGCACUUCACACCAUUGAUGAACAAGCAAAUAGAGACAGAUUCAAGUGAUUAG